AUGUAUCCACUCGGGGAAGAAUACGCAGUCCUAGCCUCCGUCGACACAGCUGCGUUGCCCUCGCCGAUUCCCCUGGAAGAACAGGCUCGAGCUCAGCGACCCCAUCCGCUCCUCGCCGCAUUCCUGCACCAACGCGAAGCUCAGGAAUUCGUACAAGUCUAUCUCGACGCGCACUUCUACUCACUCUCCCCGCAAGCCAGCACACGAUCGCCGGCCGCCGCGACUGCUCCACUCCCCGACUCUCAUCGCGAGUCAGUCUCCCCUCUGCUGGUCGCUGUUGACGGUGAACUCGCUGCGCCCGCGUCCUACGCCACCUUGACGCCACUGCACCGAUACAUCUGCCCGGCGUCGCAUCCCAACACACAUUCAUUGCCACCGAACCUUCGCUAUCAACCGCCUGUAGUUCUCUUGUACAUUUUGGAACGUCUCCUCCAGCUUCUCCGACUGCGCCAAGACCUCCUGCGAAUGCCUGUCAGCAAGUGA